CUACAAAACCUGACUCGAAUUCUUCUCCCCCUCUUGCAAUGAAUCUCCUUCCAUCCCUAUGCACCCGUAAACCAUGGCGCCGAAGAUCUUUCUGACAGGGACCACCGGGUACAUUGGUGGCGAUAGCCUCUACCUCAUUUCACAAAAACACUCGGAAUGGGAACUUACAUGCCUGGUACGGAACAGCGACAAAGGCGCCAAAAUUGCUACUGUGUAUCCCAGAGUGAGACUGGUCUACGGAGACCUCGAUGCCGUGGACCUGAUAGAGGAGGAAGCUGCCAACACGGACAUUGUCUAUCAUUUCGCCAACUGCGACCACGAGCCGUCAGCGCGCGGCAUUGCGAAAGGACUCGCACGGAGAAAUCGUGACGGCCCCGGGUUCUGGAUACAUACAUCUGGGACACUAAUACUAGGUUGGGAAACAAUUGAUCUUGCCGAUUUUGGCAAUAAACUAGACAAGGUGUAUGACGACUGGGAUAAUGUGGGUGAAUUGAUAUCUCAACCUGACCAUGCUGCUCACAGGAAUGUCGACAAGAUUGUUUUGGCGGCCUCAUCGGACAAGGUGAAGACGGCAAUUGUUUGUCCUCCAACGAUAUGGGGUCGGGGUCGGGGCCCAGACAACACGCGAUCCGCCCAGCUGUAUAUGGCGACGGCGAGCUUUUUAAAGCACCAGAAGGCCUUCAAAGUGGGAAAGGGAGAAAAUAUCUGGCACGAAGUCCACGUCUGUGACUUGUCUAACCUGUACCUUCUCAUCGGCGAGGCUGCCGUCAAUGGCGGCUCCCCGGCGACAUGGAAUGAUCUCGGCUAUUAUCUGGCCGAGAAUGGCCCCUUCGUGUGGGGGGAUGUUCUCCAAGAGAUCGCAAACGUCGCACAUAAGAAAGGGCUCCUGCCAGAUGCAACUGUGGAAAGCCUGAGUCCGAUGGAAGCUGAAAGACUUUUCCCACAUGCAAGGUUGAUGAUCGGGACCAACUCAAGGGGGAUGUCCAUUCGAGGAAAGAAACUGCUGGGAUGGAGACCUACUAUGCAUGGAAUUAUGGACGAGAUUCCUGAAUGCGUGGAAGGCGAAGCCCAACUCCUCGGACUGAUCAAACGUCAUGCCGCGAAAGUUGCAGAAUAGCCUGGCGCAGCGAGGCAGAAUCAGAGUGGUUCAAGUUGUUUUGUUCUAUACACCCAAUGCUGCCGUGGUCGUUAGAGGAGACGGGCGCGCUGUGAGGGACAAAGUGUAGCAGGCCGACGACCUCAAAGCGUCGUCGAGAAAAUGAAAUAUGUGACCGAUCCGGUCAAGGUGC